AUGAGGUGCACAGGUCAGCUGGUCACGAAGAAGGAGGGCAACUACAAGUUCUUCCUCAGUUCAGACGAUGGAUCUGUUAUGUGGCUGAAUGGGGAGAAAGUCGUCGACAACGAUGGCUGCCAUGGAGAAGAAGAGCAGGGCAGCAGCGACAAGUUCCUUCUGCCAGGUGCCCACGACUUGGCCGUGGAUAUGUGCGAAUAUUGGGGCGGCGAAGUCUUGAAGAUGCGCUACCAGGGGCCGGACAGUGGCAAUUCCAAGAUCACAAUCCCCGGACAAGCUCUCCAACACGUAGUUGAUGGCAAGGCGAACAUGGAAACCGUGACACAGCAGGUCACGCCAGUGUGCUCCACGUGGCAGCUGCGGAUCGCGGAGGACAAUUCCAAGGGCUGGGAGGCCCACAUCUUUGAGAUCGAGCUCUUCAAUGACGAUGAUCUCAUCUCCGGCCCUGGGAAGGGCACCGCAAGCUCCGACUGCAAGAACUGGGCCGGCGGCCCCGAGGGCGCCUUUGAUGGUGACUUGUCCACGAAGUGGGUGACGUGCUCCGGCGCCGCGAAGGUGGGGAAAAGCAUCACUACCAGCUGA